CACCGGUAAAGCACCAUUCGUAAGGUGUGGACGUGUUCAAGGCGUAAUAUAAGAGACGUAUAAAGCUGCUUUAGCUAAAAUCAGGGCGCCAUCGAUUUCCGCUCGGUUUGCAAGAAGCGUGUAUUAGUGAUCAUCCUCCUGUUUAAAAGCGAUAAGCCGGUACAGAGUGCAGUGACGUCAGGCCGCGCUAUUCUAUCAACCACUUCGUAGCAUCUCAUCUCAUCUGUGGGACGAGCCCAAGCAUACACGCAGUUCGUUUUUGUCGGUUCGACUGUCGUACGAAACGUCGUCGUGCAUUUACGCAUACAGCUGCAAACCACCGCUUUUGGCUCGGUUGCAGUAGCUCAUCAACCUGAUCACAAUCACACGCGUUCCCGUUCCACCACCUACUCGUGCCCUACUGUGCGUAUGUGCGUACGAACCAGCAAGUGUGAGUGUGUAGUAACGGCGCUAUCUCGCUCUCUCUGUCGCGCUGGAACCCCGGUACCGUUCGCGUAGCUGGCUGUAGCUGCUCACGCGCGGUCUAGUAGGUAGAACGAUCGCUUUGGUCGACUCGGUUCGUUCAUUCCUUCGCUCGCAAUCAUCCGACACGGGUGCGCAGUCUGAAUUCUGAAGACCCCUUUGCAGUGCUUACACGGUGGCAAGCGCAAUUUCAUACGUUUUGCGUUACGUGUCUUCUAAUCUACCCCGGAUUGUGUGAUUUUUGUUUUACCGUGAGAGGUGUUGUGCAUUUUACUGGUGCAAAGUAAAACAGAUUCUUUCCACCUUUCCCAUACUCGUGAAACCGCGUGCAAUAUGUCGUCGAAAGUGCAGGAAAAUGGCAGUGCCACCACCAACACCUCCGCACCAACCAACACGGAUGCCGUUGCACCGAACAACAGUGCACUGCUGCCACAUCUCGAGUCACUCGACCGGAUGCUGAAGCUACCGGUAGUGGAUGCAACCUGGCAGCAAACCCAGAACGUAUAUGGCCGCGUGAAAGAUUACAAUCCACUGUUGACCUGGGCACUCGGAACAGCUGAGGAUGUCGUAUGCCGGGCUGUUACCAUCUCGGCACCGCUCGUCCAAAAGCUCGAUCGGCCACUGCAGCUUGUGGAUCAAACGCUCGUCAAGGGUAUCGACAAGCUGGAGGUGAACGCACCGAUCAUCAAGGAGCAGCCGGCAGAAAUUUACCAGCAGGCCCGCACCAAGGUGAUUGAGACGGUAAAGCCACACAUCGAGAAGGUGUGCGAGCUGCGGUCCGCAUCCCAGCAGCGUGCCGCCUCGCUGAAGGAUCUUUCCUGGCGCAAAGCGAACGAAGUGCUGGCAACGCAGUACGGUAGCCUAGCGGUGAACGGUGUCGACACGACGGCUCAGCUGGCCGAGCGUCUGCUCGAUUACUACUUCCCCAAGUCGGAAACGGACGCUGAUGAUGAUAAUGUGCCCAUCUCCGCAAAGGACGAUCCGGUGCUGCACACGGUACAAACAGUCGGUCGUCUAUCAAACAAAGUUGCCCGUCGCGUCUACCGCACCGUGUCCACGCAAGUAAAAUCCCUCCGAAAGGAAGAUGUCCGCGACUACGUAGCGACGCUUAUUGCCGUGCUCCGUCUUACCCAAUACCUGAACUUCAUCAACGAGAAGCGGCAGCCGGUUGAGGGUAGUACCAAGGAUACAGUACCGAACACACCCUCCACCGUGAACACCGCCAGCACUUCCGAUGUGGUCGCCACCACGAACAGCAGUAAAACUUUGCAGCAAAAGCAAGACUAGAGACACUUGGUGAUCGCAACUAUGUUCGGGGUAGGGAAAAUAGGGUCGGGAGGGACGGGUCGGGAAAGUGUGGGCAAAAGGGAAUUAGAAUGUUCGACAACUGUUCUCCACAAAAAGAAAAACGUGUCCACAGUAACGAGCGCACGCGCGCACACACACACACAUAUACACCUUUCAGGUAAUGGACAUGAUGUUGUCUUAUACGUUGUCGUUUAAACGUAGUGACUCAUCGUGGUAGUAGCUACAUGUAGAACAGUCCUUAGAGCGAAACCACAUCCAUAAUCUUGCUUGAUUCGUACAAUGCAUUUUCCACUGCAAAAAGACCACAACACAAAAGCAAAUGUUAAAUAUUGUACUACAAGUGAAGUUCCACGUUUUAAGGCAAACGUGGAUGGCUAAACGAUCAGUCAGGGAUAUCAGGGUACGAAUACAACUAUUCUAGAUUGUUUUUUUUUAGGUUAAAAAUAAUGUGUCAAGACGGUGUGAUUGAUCUAUUUGCGUAAGGAAGCCUCCAGAACCGGAAGCGUGAUAGUGUACAGAACAGAACGGGGAAUGCACUUGGGAAAAAGGAAGGCCUGCCUUCCUUGUCUCUCUAACGUCCCGAUGUCUCCAGUUUUUUGUCUGCGCGCGUGUGCGUCGGUGCGUACGUGUGUGUGUGUCGUGCAAGGGUGUAAACCGACCCAAUCGCUAGCUUUCAAGUUUAUACAAAUAAUUCGAUAAUAAGCUUUAUCUGCGCAUAUCGCUACCGUGUGCGUUUGGCGUCUUUUGUAGGUUUAUUCGUGUUUAUAUAUGUAUUUGUAUGCAUAUCCAUGUAUGCUGUGUUUUUUUUUGUUUCUAUUCUUUUUUUUUUGUUUAUCAAAAAAAACCCAUGUUAAUAAAACAAAUUUGAUUAAA